CGUAUUACAAGGUGUAAAACAUUUUCGUGCGUUUUCGCUAAGAUUUAUUUCAUUGCUGAAUUGAGUUUUACUUUUGCUUGAAAUGGUAUUGAGAUAAACAAGUUUAUGAAAAGAUUGGGAGUGUACAUAUGUAUACAUAUUUCGUGGACGAUAACUUCAACUGCAUAUAUAAACAAUGCGAUAAAUAAUAUGAUGUUUAUACAGCUGAUAGGAGUUUCCUUGAUAAUAGCUGGCUCAUUGUUCGACAUAUGAUCCUAACCGAUACCGUAAUCUAUGUACAUAUGCUAUUGCGUUCAAACGCUGUUAUUGCCUUUGUUCGUUGGCCACGCGCAGCAAUGUAUCGCAGUUUUCUGUAGCGUGAUGUCCGAGUUCUCAAAAUCUAAAAAUCGUUUAAAAGUUAUUUUAUCUUAGAAGUCGUCAAUCAAAUUAAGUGGAUGUCAUCGUGACUAGCAAUUAUUAACUAUACUAAAGUUGCUAGAAAUCCAAGAAGAUAAAAAUGGUUUCACUCGCCCUUGGUUUCAUCGUUUUAUCUUCAAUUUCAGGCACUCUGUGCGAUGUCCUUUAUUAUCAACCUGAGGCUGUGCAUCUCGCCUAUGGAGAUAAUGUUCAUGAUAUUGUUGUAACAUGGAGCACUAAAAACGAUACAAAGCAGUCUAUUGUAGAGUAUGGUAUAGGAGGACUAAUUCUUACCGCCAAAGGGCAUUCCACUUUGUUUGUUGAUGGUGGUGAUGAAAAGCGAAAGCAAUAUAUUCAUAGAGUAUGGCUGAAGAAUCUAACACCAAAUAGGAAAUAUGUUUAUCAUUGUGGUAGCAAAUAUGGGUGGUCAAACAUGUUUUAUAUGAAAACUGCUCCCAUAGAGUCAGCAAAUUGGUCACCACAAAUUGUUGUAUUUGGUGAUAUGGGUAAUGAAAAUGCUCAAAGUUUAUCAAGAUUACAGGAAGAGACACAGCGUGGAUUAUACGACGCAGCAAUUCAUGUUGGAGAUUUUGCAUAUGAUAUGACUACUGACAAUGCACGUGUUGGUGACGAAUUCAUGAAACAAAUAGAAGGAGUUGCUGCUUAUUUACCUUAUAUGACAGUACCUGGUAACCACGAAGAAAGAUAUAAUUUUAGUAAUUACAGGUCUCGUUUUACAAUGCCUGGUGAUAGUGAAGGUUUAUGGUAUAGCUUUAAUGUAGGACCUAUUCACUUCAUAGGUAUAGAGACAGAAGCUUAUUAUUUCAUGAAUUAUGGUAUAAAACAACUUGUUAAACAAUAUGAGUGGUUGGAUAAAGAUUUAACUGAAGCAAACAGUCCUAAUAAUAGGGAGCAAAGACCAUGGAUAGUAAUAUUCGGUCACAGACCAAUGUACUGUAGUAAUGCAAACGCAGAUGAUUGUACCAAUCAUCAAAGUCUCAUUAGAGUUGGAUUGCCAUUUUUAAAUUGGUUUGGACUCGAAGAUCUCUUUUUUAAGCAUAAAGUAGAUUUAUUAUUGUGGGCUCAUGAGCACAGUUACGAACGAUUGUGGCCCAUGUACAAUUUUAAGGUACAAAAUGGAUCUUACGAAGAACCGUAUACGAAUUAUAAGGCACCCGUGCAUAUAGUAACUGGAUCGGCCGGAUGUAAAGAAGGAAGAGAAAAGUUCAUCCCGCAUAGGCCAGACUGGUCUGCGUAUCGUAGCUCAGAUUAUGGUUACACAAGGAUGAAGGCGUUCAAUAGGACUCAUCUUUACCUUGAACAGGUAUCCGAUGACAAGGAAGGUGCCGUUUUGGAUCGAGUUUGGCUUGUAAAGGACGAUACUUUCCCGGCGUACAGUAUAGACCAGCUUACAAAUAAAAUAUAGAGCACAAUUUAUGAUAAAGCGAUUGAAACAAUAUAUAGGAUUAUUCCUUUAGUUAUCAUUUUGUUUCGAUUGACAAUGGUAGCAUGUAAGUAGCAAAGUUGUAUAUAAACUUUAAACAAGAAUAUUAAGAAUUUAAAUAUAUAUAGCCCCUAAUUUUGUACAAUGUUUAGUAUAUGUACCAAGAUUUUGAUCAAAACUAUCUACAAGUUCUUUGCAAUCUUCUAAUAUUUACAUCAUCUCUGCUUGAAUUUGUUCUCUAGUUUGUUCAGCUAGCUCUGCUCUCGUAUGCAUAACUACAUCUUCAAUGUUUUUACUGACACCUUCCUUGAAUCUUUCACCAUUUGCUUGUUUUCUUACUACGCUCAGAUCCAGUUAAAUCUACUGAAUGGAACUUUGCUGUUGUUGCUGUAUUGCGAUUAUUCUUUUUCUGUUGAUGUAUACAUAAUGUGAAAAUUCCAUGGCUAUGACUACUCUGGGCGUUCAUUGCUGUAAUAGCAGUUGCACAACCUACAGAUCCCUGCAUUACACAUCGUUUCUUUUGCAUUUUGAACUUCUUUUUCUACAACUCCAGCAACUUUUAUACUUUUGAUAACUACGUUGGCUACAUUGUUUGUCAGUUAAAAGAUCAUAUAAUUAUUCUUGAAACAGUUUCAUAAACGAAACUGUAACUCUGAUACUCCAAUUUUCCUUUGACGAAAUUAUAUUAAGUUCGGAAAUCUUCAUUUGCAUUGUUACUAUUUCGAAUCUUACUUAGCAUACACGCUAACGAUGCUCUAUCUUGCAUUCAAUUUUCAAGGAUAUAUUUAGCAUCAACUGUGCUUUCUAAUAUGUGUAAUUCUUGAACCAACUAAUUUCGAAUUUUCUUUGAUUUAUUGUUUAUUUUUUUUGUCGUCAUUGCUGCUUUGUUUUGCAUAUCCACGGCUUCCAUCAAUCUUUUGUCGAUUUCAAAAGCUUCUUCUAUUUUUUCUAUUAAAAACUGUUUCCUGUAAACUUCAAACAAUCAACUUGUAUUCUAAUUUUAAAAAUUCUUCCUAUUCCCCCUCUCGCAGUGAAACGAAUAAACUACAAAAAAUUUGCUAAUUACAAAUGAGAUGGAAAUCAAUAAUGCAUACAUACAAUAUAAUCCUUUAAUUGUUAAAAUAUAAAUAUAUGUAUAUAUAAUCAUUGUAGCAUAUAAUAUUAAUAAUAUAAUAUUAGGGUAGCAUUUCAUAUUUCCAUCUGAUUCUCACAGUAAAUCAUUAUUUGUCGAUGAUACAUGGUGAAUAGCGCGAACCAUAUCAAGGAAAACUAUUUCCUAUUUCGGUAGCACUAGUACAUUAAAAAAAAAGCUUUCUCUCGAUUCUAAAACUCUGUAUCUCAGAUUUACAUGGUAGUGCAAUUAAAGCUGUUAAAGUUUCUAUGCUUCUACAUUAAAAAUGGAUAAUCAAUCCACUUGCCCGUUGGCUGGCUCCUUGCCAAGUAUAAAUUUGCUAUUUUGGCUUCUGCUCUAACAGUCGACUAAUGAAUUUAAGAAAAAUAACCAGGAACUGUCCUUUUAUAAAUUAUUAUAAUCAAGUUAACAAUGAAGCUAGAAAGUGUCGUAUUGUUACUUUCGUUGAACAAAGGACUGUAGCUAUGAUUAUCAAAUAUCGUUCCUCCGCGUAGAAGAAACGUGCUACUCUUUACAACGUAACACAGCGUAGGGGAUGAACUUAAGUUAACUUUUGUUUUACUAUUGUUUUUUUUUUU